UUUUAAAACCAAUCAGUGGCUUUCCCUUCCCUAUGCCAGCAUUCUCCAAGUCCACUCUCAGAGAGAGAGAGAAAUGGCUUCUGAUGAGAAACCCUCGAAGCCUUCACCAUCAGAGGGAUGGAAGGGGCGCAUCUUAAUUCCAACUCUAAUUGCAGGGGUUGUGGGUGGAGGAUUUGGUUUGGUAUCUAAGCAUCGAAAAACUUAUGGUCUCGCAAACAUCUCUGCAACAUACGCUACUAACUGCUCCAUUGUUACCGGAUGCUAUUGCGGAGCACGUGAAUUUGUAAGAGCAAGUCGAGCUUCAGGACCGGAUGAUCUUAUAAACUCUGCAAUAGGAGGCUUUGGUUGUGGAGCUCUUCUGGGCCGCCUUCAAGGUGGUCAACUUGGUGCAAUCCGUUACUCAGUUGUCUUUGCGGUUGUGGGGACUACUGUGGAUUUUGCUACUAUGCGACUAAAACCUCUGUUGCAGAAGUACGGAGAAUCCAUAUUUGGUGGCAGUGAUGGAUCAGAGCAGAAUACUCCUACUUGGUUGAGAUUGCCUGAGUGGUCACCAAUUCAAGUACUUGAUGAGGAAGCCCUUGCUGCAAAGCGUGCUAGAGAACAGCAGUUGUAUGCACAAAGAACACUUGGUAAUCUAAAUGAAAAAGAAUCUUGAGAACCUGUGUGGUUGUUAGAUCAAUUUUGAAACUAAUGUAUCUUGAGAUGUUUAUUUUUGUCAAUAAUGAUGCAUUGCGGUGAUAUAUUGGUUGAAAAAUCUCAUGUUUCUUAUCUUUUUAGUUAAUUAACUUUUAUUCUUAGUAAUGAUUAAAAAAAUAUUUCCAUUUUA